AUGGCACUUAGCGGCAACGGCGCGCCCGAAGGCGAGAACCUCUACCAUGUGGUCUUCACGACCUCACACCUCCCCAAAGACGUCAAUGCACAGAUAGAAAAGGUGCGCGUGUGCGGCUCGUACACGACGCUACCUGCAGCCAAGGCGGCGGCGCACAGAACCCUCUUCGAAGCCGGCUACGAGCGAGAAUGGUUCGACGACUACGAGACCAACGAGCAAGACUUCAUUGCGCACAAAGUCAAGAGACGAACUGGUCUCUGCGUGCUGGCCAAAGCCCCCGACGGCACCACUUUCCGCGUCAGCGUCGCCACCACCCCGAACACUCUGGGUCUAAAAGGCGGCGAUGACCACAAGGUCCACCAGGACUUGUACCACGUCGUCCAGACUAAUAUCUUGUACGCCGAGGACGACACCGGCGAGGAGAGAGAGCACAACGUCGAAGGCACUUUCACUUCCUACGAAGAGGCUCGGAAAUUCGCCUCCCAAGUCCUCCUGGCACCGGAGGAUGGCAUCACCAAGGAAUCCUUUGAGACGUACGAUGAGGCUGGUCCAGAUGAGAAGGACUGUGGAUUCGGCGAGAAUGUGGUCGUCCAUGCUGUCGGCAAGAAUGGCGAGAAUUAUCUCGUCAGUGUACUGAAGGGUCAAGAAAUGGAGUCGGUCAGGUUGGCAGAGGCGGCUAUGAGGAUCCGGUCUGCAUGA